CUCCGACUUCAACUUUGCACCGGGGCGCAAGGAUAGCGAGAAUGCUCACAUACAUGUAGAUAAAUUGUGUCGCUCUCGUACAAUCUGUACAGAGUAUACCUAGAAAACUCCUUCGGAUCGACUCUUUAUCUCGUAGCGCGUUGCGAGGCCCUACGAGCCUACACCAUUCCUCAAAGCCCGUCCAUCAAAGAUCACAUUUGGCUGCGUUUGACUCUGUACCCACGGCCCAAACCUCGAAUCCGAAUUUUGACGAGUUGCGCGAAACGUACAACAACAUGACAUCCCUCUUCCCACAUCCACAAUACGCCGAAGAUCAGCCAUAUGCACGUAGCAUCCUCUACCUACACGUCAUGCGCGCUUCAGCCAUGUCCUUUUCCUUCUUCUCGCUUUUCCAGUUUCCGAUCUCCGUCAUUGCAGCUCGUUCCCGCAAAAUAUCGGUCGAUUACAAGACGAUACUGUCUCGUACACUCAAAACAACUGGUCGCGGACUGGUUUUAGGCACAGCAGCUGGUGCACUCAUGACUUGGGGACGUAUGAGGGGUCGAGAGGAAAUAGAAUGGAAAGAUCGUUCAUGGAGAAUACUGGAGAAUGAUGGAGAGGUGAAGACAGAUUGGGUCACACUUGGCGCCGCUGGUGGAGGAGCUGUUGGGGCUAUGUUCGCUGCACGAGGUGGUAGCUUGCCUCUAAGGCUGGGCCACGCCAUGCUCGGUGGGGCUGGUGUUGGGAUGGCCAGUGGAGUACCGUACAUGAUUGGGACAUUCGCAUCAGGAAGGAAAUAGUGAUUGGAAAUGCAAAAUUGGGGCCGGUCUUCGAUGAAUGGGAGACCUACGUUGAGCUCUCAGUAGCACCGAAAGACAUUUCCUGGCAUGUUGUCG